CCAGUUUUUCCGAAAGAUGUCGCGGUAGUUUCUCUAUGUGUCACGUAGUUGGAGGCCUUUUGAGAUUUCCACAUCUUGCAUUGCAUGUUACGAUCCGCAAGGUGAAUUGUAUUUCUAUUUACUCCGUACUGAAAGUGACUCGUUGUUGACAGUUACGGCUGAAAUCUUAGCAAGAAUCCAUCUCCCUGUUAAAACGCCUCCCUCCAAGAAGAGGUUACCACCAGGAUGAGCUGCGUUCGAUGUUGUUUGGUCAGUGCUGGUCGCUUAGCUUCUUCCAACCACAUGACCAAUCAUCUACACAAAAUUGUUAGAGUCGUCACUAUCAGGUCGAUAGUCACGACUAGUCCUCUUGCCAAAUCACCAAGUGAUAGUCCACCGCCGCCGAGUAAAGAUACUGAAAGUAGCAAUCCUCCCUCGGGAACAUCGGCAAACAACGGGACUAGCGGAACUGGCGGAGGAAAAAAGAAUACUCUCACCUGCCCAAAGUGCGGAGAUCCUUGUACUCAUGUUGAAACAUUUGUCUCAUCAACGAGGUUUGUAAAAUGUGAAAAGUGUCAUCAUUUCUUUGUUGUUCUGUCUGAAAUUGACUCCAAAAGAACUCUGAAAGAGGCAUUGAGGCCUGAAGAGCCAAAGCAAGGAUUUUAUAGGAAACCACCACCACCACCCAAGAAGAUAUUCGAGUACUUGAACAAGCAUGUCAUUGGUCAAGAAUAUGCAAAAAAGGUUCUCAGUGUUGCUGUGUACAACCACUAUAAACGGAUACAUAACAAUCUGCCGAUGCAGAAUGCAACCCCAGUCAGUACUACCCAGGCAGCGACGCAAGAAUCCAAUCACCCGUUUACACAUAGAGGUCUCAAACCACACCUUCUUCAUAUAUCGAGUAUAGGAAACUCACUUGGGGUAGGAUUCCAGCACGUUGCUCCAGGUGCCGAUCAGCAAAAAUCAUCCGGCAGCCAGUCGAAUACUGGGUCGGACAUCCUAGACAGCAAACAGCAUCAAUUGAAAUUGGAGAAAAGUAAUAUACUCCUGCUGGGACCAACUGGUUCAGGAAAGACCCUGUUAGCCCAGACAAUUGCUCAAUGCCUUGACGUUCCCUUCGCCAUCUGUGACUGCACCACGCUAACCCAAGCCGGUUACGUUGGAGAAGACAUAGAAAGCGUUAUUGCAAAGCUUCUUCAGGAUGCAAACUAUGUUGUCGAUCGAGCACAAAUGGGCAUUGUUUUCCUCGACGAAGUCGACAAGAUCGGAGCUGUUCCUGGUAUUCAUCAACUCAGAGAUGUCGGAGGGGAAGGUGUGCAGCAGGGCAUGCUGAAGAUGUUGGAGGGAACGAUUGUCAAUGUUCCGGAGAAAAACAGCUCUAGAAAACUGAGAGGAGAUACUCUUCAGGUGGAUACGACAAAUAUAUUAUUUGUCGCAUCGGGGGCGUACAACGGACUUGACAGGCUCGUAUCGCGUCGGAAAAACGAAAAAUACUUGGGCUUUGGUGCUACACCGUCGUCCGAAAGUCCAGGACGCAGAGCAGCGAGUCUUGCCGACGUUGCAAAUAUGUCUCCUUCGACCGAAGAUGACAAUAAAGAGAAAGACGUUCUGCUCAGACAAGUUGAAGCUAGAGAUCUUAUCGACUUUGGUAUGAUACCAGAGUUUGUUGGACGCUUUCCAGUUCUUGUUCCUUUCCAUACCCUCAACAGAGAUAUGCUUGUAAGAAUCCUCACCGAACCAAAGAACGCGAUGGUACCUCAGUACCAAAUGCUUUUCUCUAUGGACAAGGUGGAUCUCACUUUUUCGCCUGAUGCACUGGCUUCUAUCGCGGACCUUGCUAUGGAAAGGAAAACGGGGGCUCGAGGUUUGAGGGCGAUAAUGGAAUCCUUGUUGUUGGAACCAAUGUUUGAAGUUCCGGGAAGCGACGUACUGUCUGUCCACGUUACGGAUGCCUGUGUUCGCGGUGAUGAUAAACCGCAAUACAUGCGUCGUGGUGAAACUAAUGAAGAUGAACUACCACAAGCACAGCACGUUCAGAAUUAACCCAAGAGUAAAACACAGUUUACCUAGGAUUCUCACGUACGAGUUUCUGUAAUACGGAUACAAACACGAUCAGAAAAUAUUGCACGUGAAUUUUUCAUUAGUGCGUACGUAUGUUUUAUCCAUGUAAGGAUACUGGUGCGGGAAUCUAAAUAUAAACCGUGAAUAAUUUAUAAUUUUUGUUUAUAUUAAAUUCGUUUAGAUUGAGAAUCGCGGCGGGUAGAUUGAUGAAUUGUCAAAAGUACAAUACUUUUUUCUUUUGUUUCGAGAAAGGUAUCAGAAUUUUAAUCUAAUAGGUAAACAAAUUAAAAAAUUUUAGUUAAUUAAAUUUAUGCAGGAAUGCGUAUGACAUUAACGGAAAUAAAGCGAUACUAUUGUUAAACGUAUUUUUUUUUCAUCUACACAGUCAAUAUCAUCUACAUAGUAUAUAAUAUACAGGGUGUCCCAGGACUAUCGCCCCGUAGACUACCAAUGUAUUCCUCGUACAAAUCUACGAGUGAAACCUUUUUAAAACUCAUACGAAAUUCUUCAGUCUCGAAUUACAGUCGUUUCAAAUUGGCCAAUCUAGUAGCAUCUGACGGCUCAAAACAUAACGAGAACAGGGCUAGCCGAUCGUCAUGCACUCGACAGCUGCCCUAAGCCAUCAGAUGCAAUCUGAUUCGGCAAUUUCGAACGGUUGUAAUUCGCAAACGACAAAUUUCCUAUCGAGAGUGAAAAAUGUUUCAAGCGCAGAUUUUUCAAGAAAGAUAUUAGUAGCUUAUGGGACGACAGUCCUGGGCCACCUCGUAUUAUAACUGUCGACCACCGUGAGCACAUUCAAAAUUCGCUAUGAUGUAAGCGUACGCACUGUAUUCUCGUGACGGAGGUUCUCGGAGAUGGAGGACGGUAGAAAUAAUUAAAAGCUUUGAAACUUAGUACGAGUACAAACUCCGUUUAUUUACGAAGUAAAGUUCUCAUUUCGGUUUUUACGUGUUUUUUUUUUUUUUGACAACCAAAUACUGCGUAUCAGGUGCGAUUGAUUUUCAUACUACAUAUUCGCCUAUGUGAUCAAAUCAAAAAAGAACUAAUACCAGAAUUGUAAUGCACGUAUAAAGUUCAGUGUUUUUAACAGAUUAUUAAAAUAUAAGUUACUUAUGGUAAAAAAAA